AUGGUUGCUGAGAACUUCGACGCUGUCCUCGAGGGCAAGUACCCGGCCAAGAACCACGCCAAGAGGACUCUCGAACUCAUCCGCAAGGAGAUUCCCGACGCAAAUGGCCUUCUCUACCUCGAGGCUCGCCACACCAAGCUCCUCGAGGACAAUGAUUCCCCAGAGCCCUUCCGGUACCCCUCCCUCUAUCCUGUCCCACCAAGAAUUCCCUUUGGCGGGCUAAGCACCGUCAUCUACAUCCAGCGUCGAUUCUUCUACUACCUGACGGGAAGCAACCUCGCCGACAGCUUCUUCACCUUCGAUAUCCAAACAUCAAAGUCCACCUUGUUCAUCCCCCCCGUCGAAGCCGACGAGGUCAUCUGGUCCGGCCUGCCCGUCACUGCUGAGGAGGCUCUUGCCCAAUACGACGUCGACGAGGUCAAGUUUACCACCGAUGUCAAUUCCGUGCUUUCAAGCUACGCCUCGGCGAACCCCAACUCGACCAUUUUUGCCAUCGAGGGCCAGAUCUCAGAUCAUAUCAAGAUCUCCGACUUCCAGAAUAAGAACUUGAGUGUCUUGAAAAAGUCCAUUGAGGUCGCGCGCGUCGUCAAGGAUGAAUAUGAGGUAGCCAUCAUUCGCAAGGCCAAUUACGUCUCCGCUCUGGCGCACAAAGCCGUCAUUGAGAAGUCAAGGACCGCCAAGAACGAGCAGGAGCUCCUGGCUACGUUCCUUGCGACAUGCAUCGAAAACGGAGCUGCGGAGAUGGCCUACCACCCAAUCCUCGCUGCCGGCGAGGCUGCUGCCACCCUCCAUUAUGUCCACAACAACCGCACUCUGGAGAACAAGACCAAUCUCUUGAUCGACGCUGGUGCUGAGUGGAACAAUUAUGCGUCGGAUAUCACCCGAACAUUCCCUCUCAAUGGCAAGUUCACACCCGAGUCGCGUGCCAUUUACGACAUCGUGCUCAAGAUGCAGGAGGACACCAUGGCACUGAUCAAGGCCGGUGCCAGCUGGGAUGACAUCCACGUCGUAGCGCACAAGGUUGCUAUUGACGGGCUCCUGUCAAUUGGCAUCCUGAAGGGCGACAAGCAGGAGAUCUUGGAUUCACGAACCAGUUCCGCCUUCUUCCCCCACGGUCUGGGCCAUCACCUUGGCCUCGACACCCACGACACUGGAGGCAACCCCAACCCUAAAGACAAGGAUAUUCUGUUCAGGUAUCUGAGAUUGAGGGGCACUUUGCCGGCCGGUAGCGUUGUCACUGUUGAGCCUGGUGUCUAUUUCUGCCGGUUCAUCAUCGAACCUUACCUCAAGGACCCAAAGCACAGCAAGUUCAUUGACACGGAUGUGCUUGACAAGUACUGGUCCGUCGGCGGCGUGAGAAUCGAGGACAACGUUUUUGUUACCGAGGCAGGAUACGAGAACUUGACUACGGCGGUCAAGAAGGCUGAGGACGUAGAGGCGAUCGCUCUGGCCUAG